AUGUCCAAAAGCCAGCCGGCAGGGAGCAUGGAGAAGGAGCUUGAGCGCGUCGGCAUUGAAGAAGAAUACAAACCCACAACCCCCUUCCCAUCGAAGGACGAAAAGGCUCUUGUUCGCAAGCUAGAUAGGCGGAUACUGCCCCUAGCAUGUCUGCUCUACUUAUUUGCAUACUUGGAUCGCAGCAAUCUAGGGAACGCUCGUCUACAAGGAUUGCCAGAGGAUGUACUGGCCGGCGACCCCACGGGUAUCUUAUUCGACUGGGUCAACUCUGCGUUCUUCUUCUCCUACAUUCUAUUCCAAGUACCAGCGACGAUCACAUCGAAGCUCUUCCGCCCCCGUUUCUGGAUGGCUGGGGCAGCCAUAGGCUGGGGUCUAUCGUCAACUCUGAUGGCAACCGGCUUCAACAUCGGCGGCUUGGUGACUGCCCGCUUGUUCCUCGGCAUCUUCGAGGCGUGCUUCGGUCCUGCAAUACCCUUGUACUUCUCUUUGUUCUAUACGAAAACUGAGAUGGGGACGCGCAUGGCGUAUUGGUUCGGGUUCGCGGCGGUCGCUGGCGCGUUUGGGGGGCUACUCGCGUUCGGGAUCCAACACGCCCAUGCUGCCAUCGCGAACUGGAGGCUGUUGUUCUUGGUCGAGGGAAUUCCUGCGAUGUUGCUCGGCCUGUUCACCUUGUUCCUGCUCCCCGAUCGCCCGGAGUCGACGCACUUCUUCGACGAGAGAGAGAGGCAGAUAGCGUUGGAGCGUAUGAACAGGGCGGCGAGCGGCGAUACGGGGGCUGUAGUCAAUAAAGCUCAUAUUGCUGCUGCGUUUCGAGAUUGGAGGAUUUACGUCGCCGGGGUCAUCUAUUUCGGCCUGAAUUGCGCGCUUGCGUCCAUCUCCGCCUUCCUCCCCACCAUCAUCCAGACAUUCGGAAACACCCCCGCGGCAUCCCAGCUGCUGACUGUCCCUCCGUACGCUGUGGCAGCGGUCGUCCUCGUCUGCUUCGCUAUCGCUUCAGACAGGAUGCAGAGCCGGGGCGUGUUCAUGUGCAUCGCGAGUUGUAUUGGGGGCAUCGGUUAUCUGCUACUAUUGACGGUCCCGUCGAACCAGCGCGUGCGGUACUUUGCGAGCUUCUGCAUCACGAGCGGCACGUAUGCGACGAUUGGUAUCAUCAUCGCGUGGUUUGCGCAUAAUCUCGGCUCCGAGACGAAGAAGGCCGCGGGCAUACCGAUGUUCAUGGCGAUCGGCCAGUGCGGGAGCAUACUGGGCUCGCAUGUAUUCCCGAAGAGGGAGGGCCCACGAUAUAUCAAAGGAUUUGCGAUUUCGUGUGCGCUCGAGUUCCUCGCGGCCUUCUGUGCAAUCGUACUUUCGGUCAGCUUCUCCCCUCACGGGCAUUAG